UCGGUGUCCAAAUUGACACUGUGAUCGAGUUUGUUAUAAAAUGAAAUAUUUGGUGGUAUCCCUCUUUCCAAAUUGGCUGAGCUUGUAGUAAUGGAUACAAAGAUUCCAGUGAUCGAUUUGGCUCACCUCGAAAAUGGCCACCCAAACUUGGAGCAGAUAAUGGCAAUUGGAACAGCUUGUCUUGAGUUUGGCUUCUUUUACGUCGUCAACCAUGGAAUCGAGGAAGAACUAAAAGGGCAAGUUUUUGAAAAACUAUGCCAAUUUUUUAAUCUUUCGACAGAGAAAAAAGGAGAAAUUCACAGACGUGACGGUUUCCGCGGAUAUUUUACAAAAGGAGAAGAGCAGAGCAUCGAGUACGGCUGCGUUGAGUGGAAAGAAGGGAUAUAUUAUUUUCGUGACUUUAACAAUGUGCCACAGGGAAGAAAAGAAAGGGUUUUCUGUGGCUGUAACCCUUGGCCAAGCGAUGAAUAUGUCCCAAGAUUCCAAGCAGUGAUAAAGGAGUACUUUGAAAAGACUCAAACUUUGGCGUCGAAAUUACUGAGCUGCAUAGCGCUGUUUUUAGGCCUGGAAAAGGAAUUUUUUGACAGGAAAUUCACUGAUGAUCCUUUUGCUCAAAUAGGCAUGUUUCACUACCCUCCCCACCCGACAUCAAAAGAUGACUCAGACGUGUGGGGAGUAGGGAGACAUACUGAUUAUGGCAUGCUGACUGUCCUUCUCCAAGAUGAUGUUGGUGGACUUGAAGUGGAGACCACAAAUGGAUUGUGGAUCAAUGUUCCCCCAGUUCCAGGCUCUCUUGUCAUUAACAUAGGAGACAUGGUAGAGAUCUGGACAAAUGGAGCUUUCAAGGCCCCUCCCCACAGGGUCAAACUGUCACCAACCAGUCAUAGGCUUUCAGUUGCAAUGUUUUAUGAGCCAGGGUUUGACAGCAUUAUUUCACCUAUUCCUGUUGACAAAGCUCUAAUUCCUUUGGAGAAGUCAAUGGCAAAGCCCUCUUUGUCUUUUCCAAUGCGCUAUGGGGAUUACGUUCUGAGUAAAUAUUGCAGUAUCUUACCAGGUGACAAGCCAUAACAUAUUGUGAAUAUGUAACAGAUGCAAAGAUACAGUUUUUGACAGUUUGUUUCUUCUAAGACUAAGUCAAUUUAUAAAUAAACUGACAGAAUUGCUAAUGCACUCUGUUGCUAAUUACAGUUGCACCUGUUUUUAGCAGCCACCCUGUAUUAAGUGGUUGCUGUUCAAAGUCCCCAAAAUUUUCAUCCCUUGACCCUUUAACUCCCAGAAGUGAUAAACAUGCAUCUUCUCCUUAUAUCCAUAGAUUGUCUAGGAAAUAGGUGAUGAGAAUACUCAAACUUAGCAGUUGAAGUUUUUAUCUUGAUCUUACACCAAAUUCUUGUUACUGAUCUACAAAGAAAAGUGUGAUAACUAGUGGUGAGAAUUGAAAAUCAGAUCUUGUGAGUUAAAGGGUUAAUUACUGUUAUUUUUACCUCAAUGAAGCACUUGUGGUCACCCUUUACUUGGUCACCCUUACCUGUGUUAAGCAGUUAAACUGUAUUAAUUAAGCAAUCUUCAUGCCAUUCCCUUUGGAUGACUUUUUGACACAAGUUUGAUUGUAUAAUUUGGUUCCAGCUGUGGAAACUGCCAUCAAAAGUUACAAAUAAUUCAGUUUAAAUAUCCUAAGUUGACAUACUACCCUUCUUGAGAGGUUUAUUUGCAAAGUUUUGGUAACAUUGAUCACUUCAAUGUUACAGGCAUCUUGAGAAUUUUGAUUAAUGUACUGGUAUUUUGUCUGUUGUAAUGUCUUUCUUUUCUUUGGCUGCUUCUAACCUGACUAACCAAAUGACCCAUAUUCACAGGAGACAAUGAAGGAUUAGAAAUCAAAUGGAUGACUAUUUUCUUGUGGUAUUAUCUGUGAUAUCUUUCUUCAACCUUUUUGUAAGGAAAGUUUGCUGUGUGUAAGAACAUUAUUGUAAAUGACAAUAAUCAAAAUGUCAACCCCAUUGUUGUUUAUUUCCAGAAAUAACAAUAGCCUCUGAACUCAGAACUCAGUUUAGUUUUGCAAGCUUAAUAAAGGAAAGCAGAGAUAAGA